CUCAUAAUCACAUGCUUCGACACCAUUUUUAAUUAAAUUUCAUUUUUGAUCCUUUUAAUAACAUAAGUUAUUGAUUCAUUUAUCUUGUUAUGUGUUAUUAUUUCAAGUGGACGGCUACAAUAGUAAUAAGGCAACAUGAUAUUCUAUUCAACCCAAGUCAAACCUUGUUCCCUAGCUAAUCAAAAAUAAACACGGUAAUCGAUGUUUCUUUUCUAGAUUCAGCGUCUUGGUUUCUUGUUUCCUAUCUAAUAACCCAACAUACAUUUUAUUUUCAUAUUUCAAAGUCCUUACUUGCCAACCUCGUGGACAAUACCCUAAGUGCCUAACUUAAUGAGAAAUGGAGUAUUCUUUUAUCAGAAAAUCAGGCAUAUAUUUAUACAGAUUUAAGGAAAUAUAGCUGACCAAUUAAGUACGCAGUAAAUAACUUAAAAAAAAACAAUAACUUACACAAAAAAGUCACUUAUAUUCUUUGCUUAUUUGGUAGUGGCAGACAUGAGGAGCUCGACUACAGUUCACAUCACGUGGAGUCAUGGGGGUUACACGUGUAACCACACGUGCGAGUUUGCUUCAUAAUACUCUUAUGAGGAUUAAAGACAUAAAUAAGUUUUAUUAGUUCUUUUAUAUAAUGACCCAGCUAUAUAUAUAAAACAGGGUAUAAAACUAAGUAUUGUGAUCAAUCAAUCAAAUCUUUCUUCAUUGGAUCUGAAGCUGAAGCAGUUUCCAGGAAAAAUGGAAAACCUUGAAAGUAAAGGUACCCUUUUCUCUUUAUUAAAGUUGUACUUAUUAUAAUAUGCUUGGAUUAAUAACUAACAUAUUAUUAAUAUAAUACAAUACAGUUUAAUAUAAAUAAAAUCCUCAGCACUUCGAACAGCAACAAUGGGUCAAUCUUGUUUCUUCAAAGUUCUCCUUGUCUCCUCUCUUAUACUACUUAUAUUAUUCUCCACUGCCAUGGGGAGAAACUUGCGAACUACAAAGUUGUCAGGAGUUCACAGCACUGCUGAGCUAUUUCCUUCCCAGGAUGGCAUUGUGCGGAAUAUGAUUGAGCUGAUGGACUACAAGCCGCCGGAGUCCAACACCAAUUGGAGUGGUUUCGUCGCCACUCCUCCUCCCCAAUCACCUCCACUUCCAUAGUUUGUACAAACAAAGAAAAAAAAAACUUUUUUCAGGUUUACUUUUGGCAAGCAAAGAAAAAAACUAUUUUCAGGUUCAGAUUUCAAAAACCAAAGUUUGAUGUUUUGAGUAUUUUGGCAAUAAAUAACAUUACGUAAUAUUUUAAGCUUUACUCUCUCAGAUUGUGGAAAUUAUGAGUUCAAAGUGUAACAUAAAUUGGUUGGUGGACGCAUGAAGAACACCAGUCUAAUUGAAAAUAUAUAUAUCGGCAAUAUCAACUGUUGUUCUCUUAA